GCGGCGCGGCCCGCGAGGGUUGCGAUGGUCAGUCCCGGCGGCGGUGGCGGCGGGGGGGCCGGUUCUCCUCGCGGGGCGCCUCGGGGCGGGUGACGCCGCGCGCCGCCGGGCGCGGGAUGGCGCGCGGGGCGCCGCACAGCGUGUGCAUGGUGUCCGACUUCUUCUACCCCAACAUGGGGGGCGUGGAGAGCCACGUGUACCAGCUGUCCCAGUGCCUCAUCGAGCGCGGCCACAAGGUCCUGGUGGUCACCCACGCCUACGGCCGCCGCAAGGGCGUCCGCUACCUCACCAACGGGCUGAAGGUCUACCACCUGCCCCUGAAGGUGAUGUACAACCAGUCCACGGCCACCACGCUGUUCCACAGCCUGCCCCUGCUCAGGUACAUCUUCACGCGGGAGAGGGUCACCGUCGUCCACGCCCACAGCUCCUUCUCCGCCAUGGCCCACGACGCCCUCUUCCACGCCAAGACCAUGGGGCUGCGCACCGUGUUCACGGACCACUCCCUCUUCGGGUUCGCUGAUGUCAGCUCGGUGCUCACUAACAAACUGCUGACGGUGUCCCUGUGCGAUACGAACCACAUCAUCUGCGUCUCUUACACGAGUAAAGAGAAUACGGUGUUGCGAGCGGCUUUGGACCCUCGGAUAGUCUCUGUUAUCCCCAACGCCGUCGACCCCACUGAUUUCACUCCAGACCCAUCAAGAAGGGAUGACAGUACAAUAACAGUUGUUGUUGUCAGCAGACUCGUUUACAGAAAAGGUAUAGAUUUGCUUAGUGGCAUAAUUCCUGAGCUCUGUCAGAAAUACCCAGAGUUACAUUUCUUAGUUGGAGGGGAAGGACCAAAACGAAUCAUAUUGGAAGAAGUCCGAGAAAGAUACCAACUACAUGACAGGGUACGUCUCCUAGGAGCCUUGGAGCACCAGGAUGUUAGAAAUGUUCUAGUUCAGGGGCACAUUUUUCUCAACACUUCCCUCACUGAGGCCUUUUGUAUGGCAAUUGUGGAAGCAGCAAGCUGUGGUUUACAGGUGGUGAGUACAAGAGUUGGUGGGAUUCCUGAGGUGCUUCCAGAAAAUCUUAUUAUUUUAUGUGAACCCUCCGUAAAAUCUUUGUGUGAUGGAUUAGAAAAAGCUAUUGCUCAGCUCAGAUCAGGAACACUACCAUCUCCAGAAACUCUUCAUAAUAAAGUAAAGACCUUUUAUACAUGGAGGAAUGUAGCAGAGAGAACUGAGAAAGUAUAUGACAGGGUUGCAGAUGAAGUGGUUUUAUCAAUGGAUGAGCGACUUAAGAGACUAAUGUCUCAUUGUGGCCCAGUGACUGGGUGUAUUUUUGCUCUUUUUGCUGUUCUGAACUUCCUUUUCUUGGCAUUUCUGCGGUGGAUUACUCCAGAUUCUGUUAUUGAUGUUGCAAUAGAUGCUACAGGACCUAAAGGUGCAUGGACUAAAAAGAAUUUUUUGAGGAAAAAAGGAAGAGUUAAGGAAGAAUUUUCAAGCUCCUAAAAUGCUCAAAUGGACAGGAAAGAAUGCACCACUCACUGAAGGUUUUAAUGCUGGCUGAUAGAGAUGUUGCUCUUAAAAUUCUUCAGUUUCUUUCCAAGAACUUCAGAAAGAAACUUGGUAAAAUGUGCUACCUCAAUUUAGGAUUAUGUUUCAAUUUAGUUUUGGAUUCAUGCAAAUUCAUGGGAAUCUCUUUUGCACUGAAAGCUGGGAGGAGAACAUGGGUUUUUAUAUGUGUCAAAAGCCUUUGAGGCAAAAGUAUAAGGUUUUUCUCAACAACUGGAAUAUUACAAAGUGACUGUAAACUUUAGUGGUGUUUGGGAAAGCAAACCAAAAAUUAUUAGUUUACAGUAGUCCCUGCUGAUUUCUGAUAUUUACUGUGAUUUUUAUUUUGAGAUCAAUUUGAAAAUACUUGAUUAAAAACUCAAUAAAGCACACCAUUUCUCUCCUAAGACAAAAAUGGCACUUGGAAUGAGUCAUGAAGUCCUUUAACAUGGGAAUUUCAGACUUAAUUCUAGCAUUUGUGUCCCAGUGUCCCAUUUGUGUUUUGCUCUCAUAGCAUUAGUAUUUUGAAGAUCUUGCCUAGUUAAAAUGGGAUCAUCCUGUUGCUACAGCAGAACUCCAUAAAAGUUUUUUUUAUGUUUUCAGAGGUGCUAAAUUUGUUCUGUUCACUUAACAUGUGUGAAAGUUAUGUAAAGUUUAUGGCAUUUUUUUAAGUACAUAGAUGAAGAAAUUACGUUGUUUAGAGAUAAUAACAGCCUUCAGAAACAGCUCAGGCCUGAAAACUCCUCCAGCAGACUAUGCCAAAGUGUGUAACGCUUGUGUGUAUGCACGCAUGAGAGAGAAAUCUGUGAAGGGCUUAACAAGCACCAUCGUGCUCGCACACUCUCUCUCCCCUCCCAACUCCCCUGAUUUUUCUUCUCUUUUUUUUUUUGCCUUUUUUCUUCCCCUUAACGUAUGACCAGAAUGGCUUUUCUGCCCAUGUCUGGGAGGGACAGUGUUUAGUCUGCGUCAUUUCUCUUAGAUCACAUCAGAGACAUUGUCACACAUGUUCUAUAAGUGAAAUCUUGGAUAGGUGUCCCUUGAAUGGAAAUAACCAAUAGGUAUGCUUUUCAUAGAGAGAAAAUAAGGAAAAAAAAAAAAGUGGCUCUUUGCAUCUCUUCGCAGUCCUAAGUAAUCUAUACGUGGGACAAUUGGUGGCACAACAUGCAAACAAAUAUGUGAGAAGAGGCAUUUAUCUCAUAAGUGUCAACCAUCUUUAAAAUUCCUUCCUGCCUAAUGCACUAGGUUAAUUUCUUUUUCAAGCAUCACUGAAGACUAAAAAUUAUUUGAUGACUCUUAAGUAUUAAGUAGCAUUGGACACAAUAUUAAAACUGUGCAAUAUGAAAAUAUUGUAUUCAAACUCUUCAAGGGCAGUAUUUAAAAGACACCUUCUCUCAAUAUCAUCUUGUUUGUGUAGAGAUGUAGUGACCCUAAUAUCUGAUAUUUUAUAAUUUCAUUGAACAUAUUUUCAUGAAACACAGAGAGGUAAUGUGAAAUAAAUACCAUAUACAAAGUAUUUUCUUUUACUGGAAUUUUUAGCGUUUGAUACGUAACAUAUAGUAUGCAUUGUAUUACGAUGUGCAUUUUUUUAAAUUCUGCAUUAGGGGCCAGCUAAAAUGGUGCCACGCUGUUUAUGGAUAAAUGGGUGGAAUUACAGUAACAUUUUACUUUUUUUUAAUAACAUUCAAGUUUAUAAUAACUUUUUAAAAACACUGAUUAUCAUUCCAGGAAAAUGUUAUAUAUAUAGGUACGUUUUCAAUAAUAUUUUUUCAUUCUAUUUUGUUUCUUUUUGGUUUCUUGCAACAUCUACAGACACAAAUCAAAUUUUUCACAGGAUUGUGAGAGUCUAUUCUAAACACUUCUCUCUUCUUUUUUGGAACACUGCGUACCUAUCAAUAGUGUAAUAAAACAUUUUUAUAAUCUUGUUUACAGGACAAAUUCACAGUUUGUCUAUAAGUUUAUUUAAUUUCUGUAAAGAGAUUAAUAUUUUUCAUUAAUAUGUGGGAACGUGCGAGUAGAAAGCCCAGAAAUAGGGUCCAGACUGCUGCUUCUCAGCACUGUUGGUUGGAUUUAUUAUGAGAAAGAUAAUGACUAAAAAGCAUUCUGCACAAACUGCCACAAAAAUUUAAUCAUAACUACAACUGUGCUGUUUCUUGAGUAAUGCAACUUAUAUUGCACAUAACUGUUUGUGAGACUGAUUCAGUUACCUGCCUUGUGCAUUGGAGUAAGGGAUGAUGUCUCAGAAUCAUGCACCGUCUUAAAAAGCAUCAGUGGGUGAAAUGGGAAAGCUUAAAUAAAAUAAUCAAAAUUAUAAAAACCUGAGCAAAGAUAAUGAGUGUAUUUUAGUAAUAUGUAUUUAGAAAUUAACAAAAUAACUAUUUAAAAAAUCUAAAAUGUUUCAGUUGUACUUGUAGGUAACAUAUGAUCAUUGUGAAAUACUAAGGAAAUGUUACCAAAUACAGAGUCAUGCAGAGUAAUGUCUUGCAUAGAGCAAAGCCUGUGUGGAGGAGGAGGAAACACCCAAAAACGUUCCAUACAGAACAUCCACCAUGUUUCACAGAAGACACCAUUAAUCCACAAUGAAAUUCCAUCCCACAGGCACAAGGAGAAACUAUAUUUCCAAUACAUUAUAUGCAGACACUGUGAAUUAAGGUAUAGACAGUGUGAUAACUGAAAAUUGUGUGUUAAACCAGAGCAAGUAUCAAGUAAAGUAUGAACUUUAAGAUUUAUCUUUCAGACUGUGUUUUAGCGGAUGUGGAUAGAUCUGUAAGAAAGUAAAUGCACUGUAAUGUACUUAUUUUUGUGGUCAAGUUUUUCUGCAUCUUUUUAAAAUAAACUUAUUUUAUCCCCUUUUGAUAUU